AUGGCUAUUGAGAAUGAAGGAUUAACAGAAAGGAUAAAUAAAAUGUACUACUAUGUAUUGCGUCUUUAUGGUUGUCUUAUUAAUGGCCAAAAGGCACUAGUAACUCUUAUAAAUAUUCAGGUUUUCUUUGACAUUCUCGUACUAGACGGAGAGACUCCAGAUAAAUGCAAAGAAAAGACGCAAUCACAAGAAUUGGGUGAAUUUGCUAAAGUCCUUGAUCUGAAUUAUGAUGUUUUUAUGAUUUCUAUAAUAUUGUAUUGGAAAGAUGAUCCAAAAUCACUAAAGCAAAUAUGUCUUGUCGAUGUUGAAAUAGAACCAGACCCACACUGGAUCACAAUCAUUUGCAGAAAUCAAGUAAAUCUACUAAAAGCUUUCUCUCUUUGCUGGCGAGCAUUUGUCUUGAUAUCCAUGUUGGGUUUAACGAUUCAGACUAUGAUUGGAGCGAAAUCUGAAAAUGAUUUCGUAAAAAAGUAUACUGUUAAGACUCCCAAAAAAGGUGAAGAGGAUCUGGAGGAGAAAGAAUAUAUAGGUGGUCCAAUUAAGAUCAAAAUUAUGUGCCUCAAAAAACGUUUUCCUCAUUCUGAAGUCGAAAAGGAAAGCUCACUUAAAUUCUUCCUACAAAAAUUUGGUCUUGACAAGCUUUUGGUAAAUGAAAGUAUAAUAAAUGAUUAUAGAGAAGUUGCCUCCAUAGCUUAUGUUUCUCUUUUCGACAUACAUUAUCACGCAAAUGAAAUGAAGGUAUGGAAUCUUCUCAGCGUAUGUGCUAAACGAGAUAUGGUAAUUAGUACAAUAGUUUUUAAAGAUAUAAAAAAAGGGAAAUAUCCUGAUGCGUAUAUAUUUUCACCUAAAAAAGGUAUCAUAACAGAAAGACCUGUAACAGGUUUGGAUUUUGCAUCUUUAUAUUUUAACAUUAUCAUAGCCUACAAUCUCUCUUCAGAAAAAAUCAUAUUGGAUCGAGAAAAGGCUGAUAAUGUCUGUAAAAAUGGAAACAAGCUUCAUAUGAUUGAGUUUAAAUUCAAUAAGCAUGAUGUUUAA